CCUCCCAUCCAUUCCCUUCAACCCAGUUUGCAGGAGAGAAGCCCCAUUAGCUUUCCACUCCUCUUCCAUUCACCAUGGCCUCCAAGCUCCUCUUCCCCCUCCUCCUUCUCCUCGCCCUUGUGGGCGGCUCCCACGCAGGCAGCAUCGCCGUCUACUGGGGCCAGAACGGCAACGAGGGCACCCUCGCAUCCGCCUGCGCCACCGGCCUCUACUCCUACGUCAACAUCGCCUUCCUCACCACCUUCGGCAACGGACAGACCCCCGUCCUCAACCUCGCCGGCCACUGCAGCCCCUCCGACGGCACCUGCGAAACCAUCUCCUCCGACAUCCAGUCCUGCCAGUCCCGGGGCGUCAAGGUCCUCCUCUCCCUCGGCGGCUCCUCCGGCAGCUACUCCCUCACCUCCGCCGCGGACGCCCAGAGCGUCGCCAACUACCUCUGGAACAACUACCUCGGCGGCAGCUCCUCCUCUCGCCCCCUCGGCGCCGCCGUCCUCGACGGCAUCGACUUCGACAACGAGGCAACCAACGGCGAUUACUUCGACGACCUCGCGAAGGCUCUGUCGCAGUUCAGCAGCCGGAAGAAGAAGGUCUACCUCUCGGCGGCCCCGCAGUGCCCCUACCCCGACGCGCACGUUAACACGGCGCUGAAGACCGGGCUUUUCGACUACGUCUGGAUCCAGUUCUACAACAACCCUCCGUGCGAGUACACGUCGGGGGACAUCAGCAAGUUGACCAGUGCGUGGAAAACUUGGACUUCGAGCGUGACGGCGACCAACUUCUUCUUGGGGGUGCCGGCGUCGACUGCUGUUGCCGGCAGUGGGUACAUCCCCCCGAGCGCGCUCACUUCUCAGGUGCUUCCGGCGAUCAAGAGCACGGCGAAGUAUGGCGGGAUUAUGGUGUGGAACAGGUACUACGAUGAGCAGAACAACUACAGUGCCACCGUGAAGAACAGCCACUGUCCUAAUGGUUCGGCUCUUGGGUCAUGUCUUUCAGGAAAUAGAUCAGAGGAUUGCGCAGAGUGCAUCACAAGCGGUGGCCAAUGUGGAUACGAUAACAACACGAGGAGUUUCAUGUGUAUCUGCCGUGAUAGAACCCAUCUGAGAAGUUGCAGAAGUCACGAUCCGAGGAAGACGGGAAUCAUGAUAGGUGCCAUUACUGCCGCAGCAGGAUUAUCUCUGGGGUUCUUUUUGCUUUUAGUCUAUUUUCUUCGUUACAGAAAGUCUCACUCAAAGAAUGUGCAAAAUGUUGAAGAAUUGCUACAUAAAUAUGGAUCUUUGGUGCCAAAAAGGUACAAGUAUUCAGAAAUUAAGAGGAUGACCAAAUCCUUUAGUCACAAGUUAGGGCAAGGUGGUUAUGGUAAUGUGUUCAAGGGUAAUCUCUGUGAUGGCCGUCUGGUAGCUGUGAAAGUCUUAAAUGAGUCCAAAGGUAAUGGCGAGGAAUUUAUCAAUGAGGUUGUUAGCAUUGGCAGAACUUUCCAUGUAAACAUUGUUUGUCUACUAGGAUUCUGUUUAAAGGGGUCGAAGAGAGCUCUUGUCUAUGAAUUUAUGCCAAAUGGAUCACUCGAGAAAUUUAUAUACACGGAGAUACCAGAUGCAAAGAUUAAACUUGGUUGGGAAAAAUUAUAUGAGAUUGCAAUUGGUAUUGCUCGAGGACUAGAGUACUUGCAUCGUGGGUGCAGCACUCGCAUAGUACAUUUUGAUAUCAAGCCCCACAACAUCCUACUAGACCAAGAUUUUUGUCCCAAGAUUUCUGAUUUUGGGUUGGCAAAACUAUGCCCUCCGAAAGAGAGCAUCAUUUCAGUAGUCGGUGCAAGGGGAACGGUUGGGUACAUUGCCCCUGAAGUCUUCUCUAGAAAUUUUGGAGUUGUCUCCAGCAAAUCUGAUGUUUACAGUUAUGGAAUGAUGGUGCUAGAAAUGGUCGGUGGUCGUAAAAAUAUAAAUGCAAGAGUAGAGAAUACUAGUGAAAUUUAUUUUCCACACUGGGUUUAUGACCAUCUCGAUCAUUAUGAUACCCUAGAAGCUUGUGGAGUGACUAAUGAGACUGAAGUGAUUGCUAAAAAGAUGAUAAUAGUUGGGUUAUGGUGCAUACAAAUGCAGCCUGCAGAUCGACCUUCAAUAAGUAGAGUAGUGAAUAUGUUGGAAGGAAGCAUUAGUGACUUGCAAAUGCCACCAAAACCAUAGUUCAUUUUCAUUUUAGAAUCAUCAAUAAUUCUAAUGUUUCAAUAACUUGUAUUCUUUGCAGUGCAAAACUCUUUGUACAUUUUGGCUCUAUUAAAUAAUAAUCUCUAAGCUCAUAUUUAAGCUGCCAUGAAAUAACAUGG